CCAUCUUCCCCUGCUCUCCAUCUUCCCUCCAUCUCGGCCACACCGUGGGGCACUCCGUGACUCUUUCUCCUCUGCCUCUUGUCUUCUUCCCUCCCUGAUCCUCCUCCGCUCCCAAGUUUAUUUGCCUUCCCUACCAACUCCACUCAUCCUUCUCAUAAUCUUCUUCCUCCCAUCGUCACAUCAGACGCCAAGUUUUCCCCGCCGAAACCCCACCUCAGUAACCCAACCGAACUAUCACCAUGUCCUCCCUCGUUGAAGUCGCCUCUGAGGCCGAAUUCCCUAACAUCAUCUCCUCCAUCCCCCCGUCAUGCCUACAGGUUCUCUACUUCCACGCCCCCUGGGCUGCUCCUUGCGCCCAAAUGCGCGCCGUCAUCUCCGCCCUCGCCUCCCAGUACCCCGCGACCAACCCUCCCUCCAUCGCCUUCCUCAGCGUUAACGCCGAGGAGCUCCCUGAUAUCUCGGAAGAGUACAAUGUCACCGCUGUUCCCUUCGUAGUCCUCGUCCGGGACAACAAGAUUCUCGAAACCAUUAGCGGCAGUGAAGCAAUCCAAGUGCGCGAUGCCGUUGAGCGCCACGCCGGUGCCGCUGCCGCCGCCUCUGCAGACGGUGCUCCCAAGACCGUCAUCCCCCCACCAUUGACAGCCGUGCCUCGAGAGAACGUUCCCGCCACCGCUACACAGGCGCCCGCCACGAACGGCAACGCAGCUGCCCCCGCAUUGACCCCCGAACAGCCGAAGGAGGCGCUGUUUGCGCGUCUCGCGGAGUUGGUGAAGGCUGCGCCGGUGAUGUUGUUCAUGAAGGGAUCUCCCAGUGCGCCUCAGUGUGGAUUCAGUCGGCAAAUCGUGGGCAUUCUGCGUGAGCGGAGCGUCAAGUACGGGUUCUUCAACAUCUUGGCCGAUGAGGAUGUGAGACAGGGCUUGAAGGAGUUUGCAGAUUGGCCUACCUUCCCGCAGUUGUGGGUUGAGGGUGAGUUGGUUGGUGGAUUGGAUAUUGUCAAGGAGGAACUUGAGAACGAUCCCGAGUUUCUGGACCGCUUCUCCGUUAACAAGCCCGCUGCUUAGGCUAUAGAAUUUCAAGUCGAAUAAUACCGCGGCUUUGUCCGUAUUGGGUACCCAGUUUCUCUACCUUAUUAUUUUCACGUUUGUCUUUCCAACUCUCAAUGGUUAGAGCUUGAGAUCUAGCGGCGUCUUGCUCCUUCUUUCCUGUGUCUAUAAUUUAUUCGCUGAUUACAUAGUACUUGACUGGAUGAUAUCUAUACCCAUGAGUGCCAUGGGAAUUGCGUCGCCCUUUAUAUAAAACCUACUAAAUAAAAGACCAUUUAUUAUUUGA